UGUUGACGGCUGCUAACUCGAGAAAGUAGAAAAUGGAAAUUAGAAACCCUAGUGACAUUUUUAAUUCCCCAAAACCAGACAUCCUUUAAUUUCUCGCCUCCCAAAAAUACUCUUGCCUUUCUUAAACCGCUUUAAUACUCUGCCUUUUUGCAUCUCAGACGAACAUAAUAUUUCGAAGCGUUAUUUAUUUCCAUAUUUACAUACGUUCAAUAAUAUAUUUCAGUUUCUCAGCUCGGUAACCAUCAUCACCGAUUAUUCUUGAUUCGCAAAUACCUCUCUAUCCAAGAGCAUAAAUCAGAUACUUUGUGAUUUUAUUGGAGCAAAAAUAUGGGAAAGCCUACUGCAAAGAAGAAAAUUCAGAUAGGGUCAAAAUCCAACGAUGGAAACCAGAAGCAUACCAAAGCUGUGGAACGUAACUCAAAGGCAUUUGAUGAAGAUACUGCUAUCUUCAUCAACAUGUCUCAAGAAUUGAAGGAAGAUGGCAACAAGUUGUUCCAGAAACGUGAUCAUGAAGGUGCUAUGUUGAAGUAUGAAAAGGCCCUUAAAUUGCUACCUUUAAACCAUAUUGACGUUGCAUCUUUGCGGAGUAACAUGGCUGCUUGUUACAUGCAAAUGGGCAUCGGUGAGUACCCUAGAGCUGUAAAUGAAUGUAAUUUGGCACUUCAAGUGGCUCCCAAGUAUAGCAAGGCUUUAUUGAGAAGGGCAAGGUGUUACGAGGCCCUGAAUAGGCUUGACAUGGCUUUAAGAGACGUCAAUAAUGUGUUGAGUAUGGAACCCAAUAAUUUGACUGCGUUGGAGAUUGCUGAUAGUGUGAAAAAGGCAAUCGAAAAGAGUGGUGGGCAGAUCGAAGACAAGGGUGUUGAUUUGCCCCCAAGUUAUGUUGAGCCUACUUAUGCACCGGUUCCUAGAAAGGUUGUCAAAGAGAAGGGAAAGAAAAAGAAGAAUACCAAGUUUGACAGGAAGAAUACCGAGGAACCUGAGGAGAAGAAUGUUAAUGAAGUUGAAGAAAAGAAGGCCGAGGAAAAGGUGGUUGUUGAAGAGAAACGAAGUGUCACGGAAGAAAAGGUACUAAUGAAAUCUGUGAAAUUGGUUCAUGGAGAGGACAUAAGAUGGGCGCAGUUACCAGUGAAUUGUGGUAUUCGUCUGGUGAGGGACAUAGUUGUGGACAGAUUCCCAAAUCUGAAGGGUGUCCUAAUCAAGUAUAAGGAUCAAGAAGGUGAUUUGGUAACUAUCACUACAACUGAUGAGCUGAGAAUAGCUGAGGGAUUGGCUAAUCGUCAAGGCUUUUUGAGAUUGUACGUUGCUGAAGUUAGUCCCGAGAAAGAGCCACUUUACGAGGGGAUGGUCAUUGAAGAGGAAUUGCACAAAAGCAAGGAGAAACCAUUGCUGGUCACGAAAAACACUGAUGUAGAGAAAAAUCCACCCUGUGUUGAGGACUGGAUUUUCCAGUUUGCAAAGCUGUUCAUGAAUCAUGUUGGAUUUGAAUGUGACUCCUACCUGGAUCUUCAUGAAAUAGGAAUGAAAUUAUAUACGGAAGCAAUGGAAGAUGUUGUUGCAAGUGAAGAUGCACAAGAGCUGUUUGAUAUUGCUGCAGCCAAGUUCCAGGAGAUGAGCGCUUUAGCGUUGUUCAACUGGGGACAUGUUCACUUGUCCAAGGCAAGGAAGAAGGUGUUUGUUCCUGAAGAUACCUCUGCUGAAUCCGUGCAGAUGCAGGUUAAAGCUGCUUAUGAUUGGGCACAAAACGAAUAUGCCAAGGCUGGUAUGAGGUAUGAGGAAGCUUUAAAAGUUAAGCCAGACUUUUACGAAGGGCUUCUUGCUCUUGGACUGCAGCAAUUUGAACAAGCAAAACUUUCUUGGUCUUAUGUAAUUGGGAGCACGUCUGAUUUAGAGAUAGGGCCAUCGGCACAGGUAUUGGAGCUAUAUAACAAAGCCGAGGAUAGUAUGGAGAAAGGGAUGCAAAUGUGGGAAGAGAUUGAAGAACAACGCCUUAAUGGACUCUCAAAAUAUGAAAAAGAUAAAGCAGAGUUGCGUAAAUUUGGGUUGGAUGGGCUAUUUAAAGAUAUAUCACCAGACGAAGCUUCUGAGCAGGCAGAAUCUAUGAGGUCUCAGAUUUACCUGUUAUGGGGUACGAUGCUGUAUGAACGCUCUGUUGUAGAAUAUAAGUUAAGCCUACCGACUUGGGAAGAAUGCGUGGAGGUUGCUGUUGAAAAGUUUGAACUUGGGGGAGCAUCACAAACAGAUAUUGCAGUUAUGAUCAAGAACCAUUGCUCAAAUGAAACUGCUUUAGAAGGAUUCAAAGUGGAUGAAAUAGUACAGGCUUGGAAUGAGAUGUAUGAUGCUGAUAGGUGGCGAACUGGUGUGGCAUCUUUCCGACUGGAACCACUAUUUAGAAGGCGCUCUCCGAAACUUCAUUCAGUUUUGGAGCACCCCUGAUAAGAAAGAAAAGAAAACAAGUAUUUCCAGAUUAUUUUAGGUCCUUCUUGAUAGUUGUUGUCAGUCAUCUUGGUUUGCUCUGCUUUGCUUGUCAAGUGAAGAAAUUCACCAUUACGCCCACUUAAUUUUGGAUUAGGUGGCGUUUUAUUAUUUUCAAUUAAUUUUUUUCAGAGAAGUUUGAUUUGUUCUUUCAUCUUUGGGAUGAUAUUCUUGUACCUGAGGGAAGGGUGCUCAUUUUUUUCUUUUUUGGGUUUACAUUAUUACAUACAACAUAGAAUGGUAUGGUUAUUUGAAUUGAAUUGAAUUGAAUUGGAUUUGUAAAGUGUUUUUUUGUGGAGGUAUACACAUUAAUACACUAUUUCUUGUAUUAUUGUUUGUGGGGGCGAUGCGAACAACU